GGAGCGCGGCUACACGGGUCAAUGAUAUAAGAAUAAGGAGAGGAGUUCAAAGUUAGAGGCACUCCCUCCUCGGCUGCAAGGCACAGCUGGGAGCGUGAGGGGCAGACGGGCUUCUGGGAGUGAGCAAGCAACUGAGCCGAAGAAGACAGCUAUGGAAUAUGUAACUGUUGCGGAUAAAGGUUCUGAGGUGUUUAAAAUAGAGGUGCUAAUGAAUGGAAGAAAACACUUUGUUGAGAAAAGGUACAGCGAGUUCCAUGCCUUGCACAAAAAGCUUAAGAAAUGUAUCAAGACUCCAGAAAUCCCUUCUAAGCACGUCAGGAACUGGGUCCCCAAAGUCCUGGAGCAGCGGCGGCAAGGCCUGGAAACAUAUUUACAGGCUGUCAUUUUGGAAAACGAAGAACUUCCCAAACUCUUCCUUGAUUUCCUCAACGUGAGACACUUGCCCUCUCUCCCAAAGGCAGAAAGCUGUGGAUCUUUUGAUGAGACGGAAUCUGAGGAGUCGAGCAAGCUGUCCCACCAGCCGGUGCUGCUGUUCCUCGGGGAUCCAUACGUCUUGCCUGCAGCCAGCGAUUUCCCAAAUGUGGUCAUCGAAGGGGUUCUUCAUGGAAUAUUUUACUCUCAUCUACAGCCCAGGUAGAGACCCUACCCGACCGGAAGAAGCUGAAGUGAGCUUCAGUGUCAAGGGCAAGAAAAUCGAUCUCUCUACCGACUUAACUGAAGCUCCAUGACACAAUAGCUCUAGGUAGUGGGGAAAUUCACAGUCCUAGCUUCCUUCAGAACAGGGACAUUUCUAUUAGAAUGGUGCUUUUAAAAUUAGAAACUGAACCAGGGCAGCGUCAGUUCAAGGCUAAUGGUUUGAGUGAAAGGGAGACUCCAACGUGGGAAGUCAGGACGAGGAGGCCACAGUGGAGCACGGUGGACACUCAGGAGCACCGAGUGUCACCAGACAGAGGCAGCCGCUGUCCCAGUUGCACCGUCUGCUAAUUGGAAAUCAGAUCCGGAGUCAUGCUGACACUGAGCAACUUUGGUGGCCUUCUGUUCAGACCGUGACAACACCCGUCUUUACACCAUGAGAUUUUCUCAGCGGGGGAUACUGUAUUCAGGGAUGUUGGCAUCAGAGGAGAGUCCUGGGACCCACUGUGCUAAGUGUGAGGGAAAAAAACCAGACUGGAAAUUUGGUUAUGUUGGCAGUAGGAUACAUUGAAGAACAGAACGCAUUUUAGUUUCCAUUACCCUGGGGUUCCCUCCCAGCGACAGGUUAGCUUCCCGCAUCAGUGUUUGAGAUGAAAUGGGGUGUUGGCACAAUCCUUGAGAGUCCUCUGGAAAGACACUACACCGGAAGUCUGGCCUCCCAUUUUUUUCCUCUAGUAUUGGAAAGUAUGAGUGCUCCUCUGAAGACCAGCUGGCGCCCUGAUGAAGUCCCAGAGGCCGUUACAUAUAGAAAGUACACACUUUAAACACUAGAGUCACACUGCAAAGUCCUUGUGCCAGCGGGAGUCAGAUGUGAGUUGAAAGAGGUUGCAGCAGGAGCAGAUGGACUGUUUGUGUCUGGGUUUCCUCCAUGGUGUACAUUCAUGGUAUUGCCACAGGCUUCUCUGCGGUUGGUGGUUCUCUUCACUGACAUCAUGUAUGGAUUAACGUGAUUUAGAUGUUUGAUGCUGUCUCUCCACUGGAUGUCACACAGAUGGUCAUCUUUUGCUUAGUGACAGAGCAGGAGUGUAUGUCCUACCUGAGAAUAUGUGCUGAUGAACAGCCUACUUGUGGGUAUGAAUUUUCAUAAAUUUAAAUGUUGGAGAAAAUAUUUACAAUUGAAAGUACCAUGUCAUGAAUUUUUUAUUAGAGUCUAAACCUACAGAUAGCCUGCUGCAAACUUUUAAAGAUACGUUUUUAUGAUUGAUUGUGUAAUUAUGGUAGAAAUAAAGUAAUCAAGUGAAAAUUAACUAAAUGGUGAAGUAUUAGAGAUACUUUUUAAAAUGUUUUUAUGUUCCUAGCUAUUUUGAGUUAAAUAAAAACAAAUGAAAGUAA